AUGGACUUGAAGGAAUUAGAUAGAUUAUUUGCAGAUAUGGGCUUUGAGCUUAAUGCUGAGGAAUUGGAAGCUAUUCACUUGUUUUUGGAUGCUGACGGAAGCCACACUUUAACUUUUGAUGAAUUCUUUGGAUGUUGGCAAGCUUUGGCUUCUAAAAAGGGGAUUUUAAGAGCUGAUAAAUUGAAACUCCUCGUUUCUGCUUGUAAAUUAUUCAAACAAUAUGAUAAGGACAAUAGCAAGCUUCUUUCCAUUCCCGAAUUCACAUCAUUCCAUCAAAAACUCUCUGAAAAGUAUGAAGACAUGGAUCCUAUUGAACAAGUAUUAGCUGAAUUGGAUAAGAAUGGAGAUGAAAAGAUUAACUUCCAAGAAUUUAUUAAUUGUCUCAAUUGGUUCAGUGUUUAA